UGACAUUUUGCGCAUGCUGCUGGAGAAGCGUGGCAGCGACAUACAUAAGAUUACAUUUCACGAUCGCAUAUGGCAAUACCGCAUGACCACAUUAUGCAAACUGAGCCACUGCACCAAUUGACAUUGUUGGAAGAACAUUGUUUCACAGCCGAUAAACUACACAAACUGAUUACGGAUUUAAGACACUUGCAGCGACUGGAUAUCAUCGCCCAUCGGGUGAUGUUGAAUGAGGCAAAGCUGGGGCAAGUAGCAGCCAGCUGUCCAUCGCUAAAGAUCCUGGAUAUAUCAGGCAUAAAGCUGCACAAUGAAUUCUUUGAAUUUAGCCGGUGUCUCGUGGAGGCGACACUGAAGAAUCGUUCUCAGCCCUUAGCAUUGUAUUGCCACAACACAGAUGAAAACGAAAAGCUGCGUCACUUCAAGCAUCCAAAUCUGAGGAUUUCUUUUAAGCCUUUAGAACCGGAAAACGUCGACUGGGGUAUGGUGCGACUGCAUUUGAAACCGUUGGACCCAUCCUGGAUUCCAUAAUGUGCUACUUUUCAUUAAUGAAAUUUACAAAUAUUAUAAUUACAAUAAAUGAUUCAAAACACUAUAAUUUGAAAUUGAUAACUAUGAUUUUAUUUUAUUUAAUUAAAUCAAGUCCGCAUAUGUAGAAUACGAUGGAAAUUGCUAUUUUUGUGCCACAACAAAAAUAUAUUUUAAAUAACUCACUGUGUGACCAUAACA